UCCCAUCUAAUCUUCAACUCACAACUAACGAGCGCUAGAGCAAUGGUGGUUCCGGUGGGACAUUGAAUGACUUUGGCUGCAUCAGGAAAAAGACCAAUUUUAACUCAUUUAUUAUAAACGCAGCGACUAUGGAGGCCCUUAUCCCCGUAAUUAAUAAGCUCCAGGAUGUCUUUAACACCGUGGGGGCGGAUAUCAUCCAGUUGCCGCAGAUUGCAGUGGUGGGAACUCAGAGCAGUGGAAAGAGUUCUGUUCUUGAGAGCCUUGUGGGCCGGGAUCUGCUGCCCCGUGGGACUGGGGUUGUAACCAGACGACCUCUCAUCCUCCAGUUGGUCCACGUAGAUCCUGGAGAUGCCAGGAAAAAUGAAGAUGGAGGCAGGGACGCUGAGGAGUGGGGCAAGUUUCUACACACCAAAAAUAAGAUCUACACCGAUUUUGAUGAAAUAAGGCAGGAAAUUGAACAAGAAACGGAGCGAGUGUCAGGAAACAACAAGGGAAUCAGCGAUGAUCCGAUCCAUCUGAAGAUCUUUUCUCCUCAUGUGGUCAACCUCACACUGGUGGAUCUGCCUGGGAUCACUAAGGUGCCUGUUGGGGAUCAGCCCAAGGAUAUUGAAAUUCAGAUCAGGGAUCUGAUCCUGAAGCACAUCUCCAACCCAAACUGCAUCAUCCUUGCUGUGACGGCAGCCAACACAGACAUGGCAACCUCGGAGGCCCUGAAGGUGGCCCGGGAGGUGGACCCCGACGGCAGGAGGACGCUGGCUGUGGUGACCAAACUGGACCUGAUGGAUGCUGGCACUGAUGCUAUGGAUGUGCUGAUGGGCAGAGUCAUUCCUGUCAAACUGGGCAUCAUUGGUGUAGUUAACAGGAGUCAGCUGGACAUCAAUAAUAAAAAAUCAGUGGCUGAUGCAAUCCGCGAUGAGUAUGCUUUCCUGCAGAAAAAAUACCCGUCACUCGCCAACAGAAAUGGAACCAAAUACCUGGCCAGAACCCUCAACAGGUUACUGAUGCAUCACAUCCGAGACUGCCUCCCUGAGCUGAAGACACGGAUCAACGUCCUGGCAGCUCAGUACCAGUCCCUGCUCAGCAGCUACGGCGAACCUGUAGAGGAUCAAAGUGCCACCUUGCUCCAGCUCAUCACUAAAUUUGCCACAGAGUACUGCAACACCAUCGAGGGCACUGCCAAAUACAUAGAGACCGCAGAGCUGUGUGGUGGAGCCCGAAUUUGUUACAUUUUCCAUGAGACUUUUGGUCGAACGUUGGAGUCUGUGGAUCCUCUGGGAGGACUCAGCACUAUAGAUAUCCUAACAGCCAUAAGGAACGCUACAGGCCCACGUCCGUCCCUGUUCGUGCCCGAGGUUUCCUUUGAGCUGCUGGUGAAGAAGCAGGUGAAGCGGCUGGAGGAGCCCAGCCUGCGCUGCGUGGAGCUGGUCCACGAGGAGAUGCAGAGGAUCAUCCAGCACUGCAGCAACUACAGCACACAGGAGCUGCAGAGAUUCCCGAAGCUGCACGAGGCCAUUGUUGAAGUGGUCACGUCCCUGCUGAGGAAGAGGCUGCCCAUCACCAACGAGAUGGUCCACAACCUGGUUGCUAUUGAGCUUGCAUACAUCAACACUAAACAUCCAGACUUUGCAGACGCUUGUGGGGUCAUGAAUAACAACAUAGAGGAGCAAAGGAGAAACAGAAUGAGAGAGCUGCCCGCUGCCGUUCCUAGAGAUAAGUCUGUUGGCAAAGGCUCGGCUGUGGUUUCUGGUGAACCCUCUGCAUCAGGAGCAGACAUGGACAGUGCCAAGGCCCCAGCGGGAGGAUCCCAGGGCGAGCAGGACAGCACUGGGAACUGGAGAGGGAUGCUGAAGAAAGGAGAAGACGCCUCGGGCUCCGGACACGAAAGUCCUCUCAAAGGAGCAGUCAAUCUGCUUGAUGUGCCUGUUCCUGUUGCGAGGAAGCUGUCGUCUCGGGAGCAGCGGGACUGUGAGGUCAUCGAGCGCCUCAUCAAGUCUUACUUUCUCAUCGUGCGGAAAAACAUCCAGGACAGCGUGCCAAAGGCGGUCAUGCACUUCCUGGUCAACCAUGUGAAGGACAGCCUGCAGAGCGAGCUCGUCGGCCAGCUGUACAAAUCGGGUCUCCUCAAUGAUCUGCUGACCGAGUCGGAGGAUAUGGCCCAGCGACGCAAGGAGGCUGCCGACAUGCUGCAGGCGCUGCAGAGAGCCAGUCAGGUGAUUGCUGAGAUCAGAGAAACACAUCUGUGGUGAACAAAGAACCUCAUCUGAUAUCUCCUCGUGGUGCCCACAGGCUCCAGAUCAUGUCUCAACUUGAUGUUUUUGAUUUUUGCAACCAUUAAAAAAAAUCUGCUCCAAUGUACAGUUUAUCAUGAUAGCUUACAAGCACUGGAGAGAUGCACUGAAUCUGUUUCAGACUGAAUCUGUCAGCCCUAAAGGCGUUUUUAGAAUAUCAAAAAUGUUAUGGAGCUCAUUUUACUUUGAUGUAGAACUGAACCCUAAUCCCUUCCAUUUUGCACUUUUGUCACCACCGUGUACAGCGGGAUCUUUAAUUUAUUACUGUUAUUUAAAUGUGUGGACAAACUCCUGUUAGUUUACAUUUGCUGCCUAUGUAGGAAGUUUGUGUUGCACUGUGGCUCUGUUUGGUUCUCAUAAACCAGGAAUAAAUGGAGGGAUUUUAUUCCCACUCCCCUG